UUCACCGCCCAGGCCAGUUCCGUGGUCGGCGUGCAACCGGCUCCUUUCCGACCGCCCACCACCUCGCCGCGAUCCCAUCACAAUUCAAUUCAGAGCAGCCACCUUAUCCGUCUCGCUCUCCCCCCACUGUGACUCUGCCACUGUCCAGUCACCACACUCCACUCCACCUGCUGUGCCACUGCCACCGCUCGCGACUCCCCGCGCCAUGGCCUCGACCGCGUCCUCCACCUCCGCCACGCUGCUCCCGAGGCCAGUCGCUGGCUCGCCGCGUCACGGCCCCGCCUCCUCCUCCGCGUCUCACAGCCACAGGAGGCGCCUCCUCGCCGUCAGGUGCCAGUCGACCAGCGUCGACAAGCAGGAUCCCAAGCCGAAGCAGCGGAGCUUGCUCGACAGCGCCAGCAACCUGCUCACCAACCUGCUCAGCGGCGGCAGCCUCGGGGCCAUGCCCGUCGCCGAGGGCGCCGUCACCGAUCUCUUCGGCAAGCCCCUCUUCUUCUCGCUCUAUAGUUGGUUCCUCGAGCAUGGCUCUGUCUACAAGCUUGCUUUUGGACCAAAAUCAUUCGUUGUUGUCUCUGAUCCCAUUGUUGCUAGACACAUCCUCCGGGAAAAUGCUUUCUGUUAUGAUAAGGGAGUUCUUGCUGAAAUUUUAAAACCAAUUAUGGGGAAGGGUCUUAUACCUGCUGACCUUGAUACUUGGAAGCAAAGGAGAAAAGUCAUAACACCUGGGUUCCAUGCCUUAUUCAUAGAAGCUAUGGUGAGAAUAUUUACCAAAUGUUCAGAGAGAACAAUAUUAAAGCUUGAAGAGCUUACUGAAAGUGAAGACCGUGUACAAAAAUCAGCCAUAGUGGACCUUGAAGCUGAGUUCUCCAAUUUGGCACUCGAUAUAAUUGGCUUGGGCGUCUUCAAUUAUGAUUUUGACUCAGUUACUAAGGAAUCUCCUGUAAUAAAGGCAGUAUAUGGAACUCUUUUCGAAGCUGAGCACCGAUCCACAUUUUACAUCCCCUACUGGAAUCUUCCCUUGGCUAAAUGGAUAGUUCCAAGGCAGCGCAAGUUCCAUAGUGACCUCAAGGUCAUCAAUGACUGCCUUGAUAAUCUUAUAAAAAAUGCAAAAGAGACAAGACAGGAAGCUGAUGUGGAAAAGCUACAGCAAAGGGACUACUCAUCUUUGAAGGAUGUCAGCUUGCUGAGGUUCCUUGUUGACAUGCGAGGAGCUGAUGUUGACGAUUGCCAGCUUCGGGAUGAUCUUAUGACAAUGCUUAUAGCUGGACAUGAAACAACUGCUGCUGUUCUGACCUGGUCUAUUUUUCUACUAGCCCAGAACCCUACCAAGAUGAGAAAAGCUCAGGCAGAGGUUGAUUCUGUACUCAGCAAUGGGGCCAUUACCGUGGAACGUCUCAAGAAAAUGGAGUACAUAAAGUCGAUCAUUGUUGAGUCUCUUCGCUUGUAUCCUCAGCCACCAUUAUUAAUCAGGCGUUCUCUCCGACCAGACAAAUUACCAGGUGGGUACAAUGGAGCAAAAGAGGGAUAUGAAAUACCAGCUGGGACUGACAUAUUUGUUUCGAUAUACAACCUCCACAGAUCCCCGUAUUUUUGGGAUCGGCCAAAUGAGUUUGAACCAGAGAGAUUUAGCGUUCCAAAGAAAGACGAGAGCAUAGAAGGGUGGUCUGGUUUUGAUCCUGACCGGAGUCCUGGUGCAAUGUACCCCAAUGAGAUUAUAGCAGACUUUGCUUUCCUUCCGUUUGGUGGAGGACCCCGCAAAUGCGUGGGAGACCAAUUCGCACUCCUGGAGUCGACAGUAGCUUUGGCCCUGCUGCUGCGGAAGUUUGAUGUGGAGCUGAGAGGGUCGCCCGAUGAAGUCGAGAUGGUGACAGGUGCCACAAUUCACACGAAGAACGGGUUGUGGUGCAGAGUGAGGAGGAGGACUUGAUCAAACAUAGCUUUGCACCAAAAAAGUAGCUCUCAUUCUUGACUUCUGAUACUCUUUAGCAGCUACAACAAACAGCUCCAUGAACAGCGAAUGAGAAUCAUGUACAUGGUAACAGCUCUUGUAGCAUUAGGGGCACCAAAUCCACCCUGAUAUCUAUCUUUGACAUCUAGGUGCAUGCAUGCUCCUAACCAAACUUGUACAUUUCAUGCCAACCAAAUUGAUGAGACAAUACUGAUAGCGUAAGUUGCUGUAUGUCU